ACACUAAGGAAAAGGAUAUGGAGGCAGAAGACAGGGAGGGCGCAUCGGGUGGAAGGGUGGGGAUGAACAGUGACAGCGAGGCGGGUAGUGUAGAAAAAGCGGAAGGUAUCGAUGGGGAAGGGAUUGGGGGGGAAGGUGACGAGGGUGGUGAUUUGGCGAAGGGAGAGGUGAUCAAGGGGACGGCGGGAUAACGACCGGGGACGAAGCCCGAUGCCCCGCAUUGGUGAGGCGCCCACUCUCGCGGAUUUCACCGCGUUCCUCCACGACCGCUACGGCACCCUCCACGAUGCGACCGACGCCCUAGACCGGGUCACCCAGACGCAGUGGCGCGGGUCCUCCACACCCUCCGAUCUUGAGCGUCACAUCAGAGUGUUCCAGGACGCCCGCCUCAUUUGCGAUGAGACACUCCUACCUAAGGCCCUUUUGAUCAACAGGUUCGUAGUCAGUCUCCCGACUGACUACCGUAUUGAGCUCUGGCGACAGAGCUUCGCCUCCGCCGAGCAAGCCUACGAGGCUGCUCGACAGUAUCAAAAGAUGCGGAAUUGCUUCUCCGACACUCCAUCUUCUUCGCGAUCCACCGCCGCCGCCACCCAGUCACGUGGUGCUACCCGCGAUCGAUCCUCCUUCGCUGGCCGGUUUCGUCGACCAGCCCACCCUGGAGCGCCAUUCUCUCGGCGCUACAACUCUCUGGAGUACGGCGAGGACGCCUCGACGCCUAGGCGCUACCAUUCCUCCGCAUACUUCGACGUGCUGGAGACUGGGUACGACUUUAUCCUUGGCACUCCCUGGUCUCGCCAGUUUCGUGGCACAGAGGCCGAAUGGGCGACCGAGACACUCGUUCUCAAAACGAAGUGUGGUCAGACCCAUCGCGUCCCGUUCAUUGGGACCACGGGCGACACCUCGCCCGACCUACCUCCCCAGGACCCUCGUCCCUCAGGGUCCCACCCCAACAUCGCGUUCACUUCCCCUCGUCAGUUUGCUCACUUCAUACGACAGGAGGACGUCACGUUCUACUCUGUGAACGUCAUGGAUCUUCUUCGCUACGAUCCACUCUGUCCCGAGGUUGAGCUCAUCUUUCUGGAGCCCGAUCCCCCUGACCCUCCUUCCAUCUUCGCGGCUCCCAUCUUUACAUCCACUCGUCAGCCUGCGGAUACCUCCUCCACGUCUCAGGCCCCUGCGCCGCGAUCCACACAUACGUCUCGUACUGACGCAGACGCUGAGGAACUCACACGGUUCACGACAGACUUAGAGCCCGCCGUUCGCGACCUGAUUCGAGAGUACCGCGACGUCUUCCCCCCCUAUUUCUCAUACAGCGGGAUUCCCUCGAUGCGCGGUGUCGAGCAUUCCAUCCAGCUCGUGCCUGACUAUCGUGUUCACCAUCAGGCACCAUACCGACUCUCGAUUCCAGAGGCGACGGAACUCAAGCGCAACCGCUUCUUCACGAAGAUCGAUCUUCGUAGCGGUUACCACCAGAUAUGUGUUGCCACAAUGGAUCAACCGAAGACCGCCUUCCGAUCGCGCUUCGGCCACUACGAGUUCACGGUGAUGCCAUUCGGCCUCACCAAUGCAUCCGCCACCUUUCAGACGGCGAUGAACGACAUCUUCAGGGACAUCCUUGAAGAAUACGUUCUCGUAUACCUGGACGACAUCUUGGUCUACAGUCGUACAUUAGAAGACCAUCUCAAACACGUCCGCGAUGUCCUACCGAUUGCAGAGUGGUCCGUCCCCACAUCUGCCAAGCAGCUUCGCAGUUUCCUAGGCCUCACCAGCUACUAUAGUAAUUUUAUCCAGGGAUACGCUAGGUAUUCCUACGUUCUUACCUCUACCCUCCUCCGGAAGAACCUGCCGUGGUUUUGGACACCCCUGUGCGAGGACGCCUUUCGCGCCCUCAAGAAGGCGGUGACCUGUGCGUCGGUUCUUCGCCUUCCCGAUUUUGAUCGUCCCUUUAUCGUCACCACCGAUGCGUCAGACUUUGCAGUAGGAGCUGUCCUUUCUCAGCUCCGUGUCCAGGCUGUAGCAGAGUUCCAUGACCAGGCAACUGCUGGUCAUAUGGGUUUCCACAAGACGUUGGCUCGUGUUUGCCGCCUAUACGUCUGGCCGAAGUCCAAGGACUUUGUCAAAGCCUACAUCCAGGAGUGUCCUACCUGCCAGGAGGUGAACAGUGCGAACCACCUUCCGUAUGGGUUACUUCAACCCCUACCCAUACCUGAGGGUCGUUGGCAAUCCAUCUCGAUGGAUUUCAUUGGUCCCCUCCGCCCACCCACUGAGCGGGGUCAUGAUGCUAUCUUGGUCGUCGUCGAUCGCUUCACGAAGCGUGCACGUUUUGUCCCGUGCCGCUAUCGCAUUAGCGCUCGUGAGGUCGCCGACAUCGUCUUCGACCGAGUUGUGAGAGAUCACGACUUACCCCAGAGCAUCAUCUCCGACCGUGACCCGCGCUUUACCAGCACAUUCUGGCGACGACUACAUGAGGUGUACGGAUCCCAGCUCCGCUUCUCAUCGUCUUACCACCCUCAGACGGAUGGUCAGACUGAGGUCGCCAAUAAAGCUCUCGGUAAUAUCCUUCGAAAGUUUGUUAGGGAUGACCAGCAGUGGGACUUACACUUAGCCCACGCGGAGAUUGCGUACAACCACGCUGUUUCGCCAGCCACGGGGAUGUCGCCAUUCUAUUGCGACCUCGGCUACCACCCUCGCGUACCUGCGGAUUUCCUACGACCAUCGCGGUUGUGCCCAGACACUCGUUGCCCUGCGCUUGACGACUGGAUCGCCCCCAUGGCGGCGAUUAUGAAGCGCGCACACGAGAGUUUAGCCGACUCCGAGACUCGCAUGGCCGCACGAGCGAACCGAUUACGAAUGGAUCAUCCAUUCAAAGUCGGUGACGAUGUGCUCGUCGACGCACGCCACUUACAACUCGAAGCAGAUACGCUUUGCAAGCUCAGGCGUCGUUUCUUCAGUCCAUGCCGCAUCCUUAAGGCCGUCGGUUCUGAUACUGCCGCUAGUCCGGUCAGCUUCCGUGUGAAGCUACCUGAUUACCUUCGACAGGCUCGCGUACAUGAUGUUUACCACGUCUCCUUGUUGCGUCCUUAUCGCAGAUCGUCCGAGCGCUUUGCCGGAUGCCUUUAUGAGCGCCCUCCACCUAUCAUGGUGGACGGUCACGAGGAGUUCGUUGUUUCCGACAUCGUAUCACGCCGAGUUACCGACAAUACCCCUCCACGUAUCGAGUACCUUGUGCGUUGGAAGGGCUACCCUGAUGAGGAGGCUACUUGGGAGCCCCUCGAGCACUUGCAGCACGCCAGGAUGUUGGUGUGAUCGUGCUCGUCGUGCUGAGACAUCUGCUUCUACUCAGCUGACCGACCCUCUUCCUCCUCCGGCUGAGGAGAUUGCUGAGGACGAGC